UCAGUGCCCAUCGAUCGAGAAUCAUGAGUUGUUUAAAGUGCCUCCCUUUGGUGUUGGUGGCGACGAUAUCAAUAUUGAUGUUGUCAUCAGCUUCCAGUAGUUCUUUGCUGAAAGUGGGCUUCUACACUUAUACGUGCCCACACGCAGAGAAGAUUGUCGCCGAUGUCGUCGAGGAAGCCAUCGUUGCAAACGCCGGCAUUGCGGCCGGUCUAAUCCGAAUGCACUUUCAUGAUUGUUUCGUCCGCGGUUGUGAUGCUUCCGUCCUUCUCGACUCCCUCCCAGGCGCCCGGGCCGAAAAGGACUCUCCGGCAAACAAUCCGAGCCUCCGAGGCUUCGAAGUAAUCGAUGAAGCCAAAGCAAAGCUCGAGUCCAUCUGCCCCUCUACCAUCUCUUGCGCCGACAUCCUCGCCUUCGCCGCCCGUGACGCCUCCUUGAUUGCCGGCGGCAUCAAUUACGCCGUCCCCUCUGGCCGACGCGACGGCAGAAUCUCCCUAAUUGACGACAUCCCGCAAAACCUCCCUCCUCCGAACUUCAAUGCUGACCAACUCAAAGAAAACUUUGCCCGAAAAGGACUGACACUCGACGACAUGGUCACUCUAUCAGGGGCCCACUCAUUCGGCGUCUCCCACUGCUCGUCCUUUGCCGACAGGCUUUACAGAUUCAACGCGACGCACCCGCAGGACCCUUCACUGGAUCCGCUGUUUGCGUCGUUCUUGAAGCAAAGAUGUCCGAGGACCGUUGGGGGUGCUAGUGAUCCGACAGUGACGAUGGAUUUGAUUACGCCCAACAGGCUAGACAACGCGUACUAUGUGAACUUGGAGCAUCGUCGGGGGUUGUUCGGGUCAGAUCAGACGCUGUAUGAUAGCGAGCUGACGAGGAGGAUGGUGGUGGAGAACACGAUGAGAGCGAGGGUGUGGAGGAAGAAGUUCGGGAAGGCAAUGGUGAAAAUGGGGGCGAUUGAGGUGCUCACCGGGAGGCAGGGGGAGAUUAGGAGGAAGUGCAAUAUUGUUGUUAAUUGAAGACGUUGGCUUAAAUUGGUGAUUGUUUACAAGUGUGUUUAAUCCUAAUAAA